AGCGAUUUUGAGCACUUGAUCGAGAACGCACAAGAUGGCGGACGAUUUUGUCUCGGAUAUUUUUGUUGGCAGUGAAGUAGGMUAUCUUAAAGCCGUGGAUUUACGGAAAAACUCGUUCAACAAUGUUGUGAAGCCAUCGACGGAAUCAGCUGAUAACAAAACAGACGAAAUUUGUGCGAUGUGCUGGAAGAAUUGGGACAGAACACAGAUGCUUCUGGGACUGCGAAAUGGACUUGUUAAGACUUAYGAUGUGGAGCAGUGUACAUUCAUCAAUGAAAUGGACUGUGAUGUCAAAGAUAGUCAUUUUACUGGCCUUUUCUGUUAUAAUAACUCCACAAUAACAUGCACAGAGUCUGGUGUACUUAGGAUACUGACUGAUAUUGAAACUCCUGUUGAAAUAAAAGUUGGAAACCACAUUUCSAGAAUGAGAUAUGAUCAGUGCAAUCCACAUAUCRUUGGAACUGGAGGAAAGGAAAAUGAUCUUAAAUUGUGGGAUCUUGAAAAAUCUGGAGAAAACAUAUUUAAAGCAAAAAAUGUAAAAAAUGAUAACCUUGAUUUACGAGUACCAGURUGGGUUACAGAUCUCGGCUUCCUGCCAAAUGCUGGUUCAUCUAAGAUCGUGACUGGUACAGGAUACCAUCAAAUACGUCUUUAUGACACAGCAGCAAAGAAAAGACCUGUUUUUUCUAUGGAUUUUGAGGAUUGUCCUAUUUCAUCAGUGUGUGUUACAGAUCAAGAUAAUACUUUACUAAUUGGAAAUACAGCUGGUACAAUGUCCCUUAUUGACCUACGAAAAGGUCAAGCUGUUGGUAAUUUUAAAGGAUUUGCUGGAAGUGUUCGUUGUAUUGAGUACUGUCAUGAAACGGACCGUAUAGCAGCAUGUGGUUUGGACAGAUUUUUACGUGUUUAUGAUUUCAAAUCAAGAAACUUAUUAAACAAGGUUUAUCUCAAAACCAGACUCAAUUGUUUAUUGUUUUCAACUGCCAAGAAGCAAAACCRGGAACAGUUGGACCAAGAAUGUGAAGAACAAGUGAAAGAAAAUAAUAAUUUGAGAAAACGAGAAAGUGCAAUKAACUGUGAUGAAGAUGAAGUAGAUAAAUUAUGGGACAGUAUGGAAGUUAUACAAACAGAAAGUCGAAAACACAAAAAAAAGUCUAAACAAGAAUCUACAAAGAGUGACAAAAUCAAGAAGAAAAAGAAAAAGACGUAAUUAUUUUGUUGUAGUUGUAACAAUAUCUAAUAUUAAAUACUUUGAUACAAAAUGCACAUAGUUGAAUCAUAGUUUGUCGUCUC